CAUACUGUCGGUAAAACUAUCAGCUGUAAGUUACUUAACACACGAAAAUAUUUUUACGGUUGGGUUGCUAACAUACAACGUUAUACGUGAAGCGAAAAGUUUCCAAUGUAUCACGAAAUGAUUAAACAUUCGGGAUGUACAUUUACUAACGCGUGACACAUUUACAACGAUAAGCGUAAUAAUUUUACUUUUUAAUUGUGAAAAUACUAUAUGGGUGUUAAAUUAUUACGUGUACCGUAGUAAAAUUACAAACUGGAAAAUUUAAAAUUAACGACCCGAUUGUAAUUCAACAUUGGUCUUUUUUACAGUGUGCGCAUUGAACUAAAGUUCAGUGUUGACAGAUGAAAAGUGUGGUUAUGUCAAGGGUUUCGUGAAUUAUAAAAAUGACGACCCCUUUAGUAUUAUCUCAAGAUGACAUCGAAGCGGGGGGAAAUAAACACGAAUUUUCAAAUCAUGGAAUUGAGGGAGAUUUUACGUACAAUAAUAAUGUUCAUUCUGCCAACAUGAGUAUUAGAUUAGGUUUUUUAAAGAAAGUCUACGGUCUUCUCUCUAUACAGUUGUUAAUAACCGUGGGAGUUGGUGCAAUUUUCAUGUUCUCCGGGGACCCAGUUAAAGAAUAUGUUUUUGAAAAUUCCUGGGUAGUUUUUACGACUUGUAUCGUGACGUUUAUCAUUUUAAUCGCACUUCAUUUCAAAAGAAGAGAACAUCCAACGAAUUUGAUUCUCCUAACGGCGUUUACACUCUCGGAGUCGUUACUCAUAGGAAUUGUCGUAUCCUUAUUCGAUGCCUUGAUGGUAAUUGAAGCAUUUUUCAUAACAUUCUUUGUUGUAUUGAGUCUGACGCUCUACACCUUCCAAUCAAAGAAAGAUUUCUCUUCCAUGGGUGCAGGAUUGUACGCAGGAUUAUGUGUUCUGAUAGUAGGCGGUUUCAUUCAAAUUUUUGCUCAAAAUACAAUUUUAGAAAUGACAAUAUGCAUCGCUGGAGCAAUGAUAUUCUCCCUGUACAUUAUCUACGAUACGCAUAUGUUAAUGCACAAACACUCCCCAGAGGAAUACGUCCUUGUAACCGUUGAACUUUAUUUAGAUAUCAUCAAUCUAUUUUUAUAUAUUCUUCGAAUUUUAGCAGCAGCUAAAAAAUAAGUUCUUCCUUUUUUGGGAAGAAUUUCAUUUGCAUUGAAAUUAAAAGCAUUUAAAUUAACCACUAUAAAAAGACGUCAUUAGACAUCAGCAAUACAUUCAAAGAAUCUACGUGGCAAAAUUACAUUAAUAUUAAUAAUAUGGUAAACUUUAUUCAAACAUUCGCAUGAUAAAAAUAACAGUCUUUUUUUUUUUUUAAAGAGAGAGAGAAAAGUGGCUAUAGAUGUCAAAUUAAAAAAAAUAUAUAUAAAUAUUGUAAUCAAAGAUUUCAAUUAUAAAUAAUGAAAGUUUA